CGCCUUCCAGCGGGUCGUUACAGCCUUUCUGAUCUGGAAUCGUGCAGUUUCGGGAAUAAAUCAGAUCCCGGGUGAACUGUCUGCUAUAUCAUUCUGUGUAUAUGCAUACUUAAAGGAACCGUAGAAUGCAGUCUUUCGUGUUCUAAACGUAAACAGUUGCCAUUUGCAUACGUGUAAAUAUGAUAGGUUGCAGUUACUGGAAGUGUUGGAACGUGCACUAGAUCUUGCAUGCUAGCUUCUUGACGAUAAAUUAUGUCUUAAUCAGUGUUAAAAUAAUAUAUAUGUUAAGGUCCUUAGUAUUAGCAAUACAAGAAUUGUGCUGUGAUUUUUUUCUUCUGGGUGGAAAUUACAUUUAUACUGUUUUGUAAGCAGGUGUUUACAUGCACAGCACCCGUGCAGUAAAGACAUGUUCAUCCGUUUUACAAGGAAUUUGUUACAGUUAAAAUAAUACAAGAUAGAGUUAUUAUUUUGUUUUUACGAUGCUACUAAACGUUUCUUCACGUAAUGUUGUGCAUUCCAUGGGAAACAAGAAACUAAGUGCUCAGAAGUGAAAAGUCGUUCAUAUUCUGAAGAACCUCCGAGGAAUGAUGUCUCGGCCAUGCAUUUACCUAAUAAACUGAUUGAAGUGAGAGAGGUAGAGUGAAGGAUUGACAUUCUCAGAAUGAGACAGAUAGUUAAUAGUGAGGACUUAGCCAUAUUUCUCAUUAUUCUGAGGAGAAACAAAGCUACAAUGAGAGGACUUGUCUGAUGUGUCACCAGCUGGUGGUAUAUGCGACGGGACCGCCACCUCGCGGCCGCCGUCAUAACUUAAAUCGAUUCCUCGUAUUCUUACUUAUGUGUUGCUGUUAUUGCACCGCGGUCGUGGAGCCAUUGUUGCAAUUAGAAGAACCAGAGCUGUUACUGCAACGUCGCGAAGCAGCUGACCAGCAGGAUUAUUAUCGUGAUGACGAUGAACACAGUACCAUUAAUGAAGAGGAGGAAGAGGAAACUAACACAACUGAGCUGGGAUCGUUCCUGGGAGCGCCAUGCCACCUCACCUGUGAUCCUGAGCUGCCCCAUGUGUUCUGUGACCAGAUUACAGGGCACUGCGAGUGCGAGAAGAAGUAUCCAGUCAAACUCGGGGCUAAGACUGGAUGUGCCAAACCUGUGCGGCUGGGCGACCAGUGUUUCUACAGGCAGACAUGUGAAUUUACUGACCAGCAUGCUACCUGUAUACAAGUCAACCACAACGCCAUCUGUCAAUGCGAACCAGGUUAUCAUACAGUGGCGCUUCAGAGACCCACCAAGAAGGUGUUCUGUUCUGCAGACUUGGUGAUUCUGACUACGGAUGUUCCAACACUGUUCGGUGUUGCUACUGGAUUGGCCAUUUUCACGGCCCUCAUUUGUUUCGUAUUGAAACUCUUCAGCAGAGCCCGUUACUCGAGACCACGGCACUAUGCAAACGCGAACCUUGCUCCUCCAAUCCUCUUCUCCAGCGAGACAGAGUUUCAGAACUUGUGGAUUCCUUUGGCAGUCCAAGGAGGACGUCCCUCAUCUCGGGCGUCCAGUCAGCGUAGUGUCGGGACGAUAGCUUCAGGUUUCUCACGACGCCCAAGCAGCGGGGGGAGCCGAGGGGUGCUGGUCCCUGCUUCGAGAGCAGGUGCGGCACGCGCCGCCGCCAUCUUGCUAAUUUCGUGCCAUCUCACAACGGCCACGGCCACAGCGGUGUCUGAACAAACUAGCACUGACGACAACAGUCAGCCAGACCCAGAGCAGCAACAGCAGCAGCGUACCGGUUCUCGUCGUCCAAGUGUCGCAUCUAUCCACAGCAGUACUUCUUCAUCUCGUAGUUACAGCGCUAGACGGUUUGAACGCGAAAAUAUGCAGAGGGAGCAACGCCAGUUACAGCUACAGAUGCAAAUGCAAAUACAAAGGGAUAAUCUGAAACCAGCGGCAGUGCCAACACCUAGUCCAAAGACACCAGUGUCAACAGAUGAACUCCUACCAUCUGUCAGUGAGGUCAGGGAGGAGAGCCACCACUCCACACCAACAGUGAACAAUGUGAGCAGCAGCAGCAACAGCAGUAAGAAUGGUGCAGCCACAAGCUACCUGGGUGAGAUAGGUCCCUGUAGUUCCACAGACCUUCCCCCACUAGGCUAGUCCUUUGUCUCAAUUUUUAACUUUGUUACAGGAACACACAGAAAGUGUCAUGGAAGUAGAAUUGAUAUUUGGAUUUAGAAACUUAUUUCCUCCACCAUUGCACACAUUGCAUUUUACAUGUACAAUAAAAAUUAACAUGUUCUUAUCAUUCUUCAGUAUGAAAAUAAAAUCAAACUGC